AUGCACCACCACAGGUGCCAACACACGCUUUCAAUAGUUUCAGAGGAGGACCGCUUUGCUUCAGCAGUUGAACAUGCCAACCGAUGCGACGGCCGACAGGGCCUGUAUCACUUCCCGGACGAACAUGGCAUGGCCCGUACCAUUUUCCCGACUCGGCGUGGGCUCCUCACAUGGCAGGUGCCAUUUCAGGUUUUUCGAUGUUUUGAUUGCUGCUUGCACCGUGAGGCUGCCUGCACCGUUUGCACGCCUCUAUAUAAGACGAUCAGAUCUAAUCUAAGCGCCUCAUUUUUGGGGCGGCUCUCCCGGCUCUCCCUCUCUCUUUUCAUCCAUCCAGUCGAUGGCCUCGCCCAAAACGCGUAG